CUGGACUUUCACAAUGGCCAGAGGACACCCAUCCCCUUGUGCAUCGCCACUCGACUUGCCCCUCGUGCAUCAUCGCUCACUGGGAUGGUAGGCAGCAUUACAACCCAGUUCCAGCGGUUGGGGGUAGGAGAGCUACCCGUAUACAUUGCUAUUCUCGACGAUGCGAUUAACCGGUUCGGCAUCCGGUACGAUCUCACUCGGUGAUGAGCAUUCUCCCUUCAUUUUCAAUUUCCCUCUCACUCUUUACUUACAUCCAGCUACCUGCCGGAGCGGCUCGAUACACCAUAGCAGAGCUAAAGGCGAAGCAACGGAGCCCAGCCGAGGUUUUCGCGCAGUUCAAAGAAGCGCGGAGCGCAAUAUGGGCGCAGAGCCGUAACAGACAAGCAGCAGAAUUCCUCGACGUAUUCGUCCGCCAGAACGAGAUGGACCUCCGUAGAGUCGACUGUUACGAGGUCAUCAUGCCCAUUUACCUGCAUGCUGACCACAAAGCACACUACUUCUCCAAUUCCUCAGGACUACCUGGAACAGCUCAAGGGCUCGCGGACGCAUGGAUGUAUGCAAUCGACCACAUUGCUCCGGCAAUGGAUUCAGCUGGCAGCGGUGCUGGUCGAUCUGACGAUCAGUCCAGUGGUGAAUUUGAAGACGCUGGCGGAUCAAAUAUCGUUGCGAAUGCUUCAACCAACAUCGCAAAAAGUGCCAUGACGUCGCCUGGACAUGGGAAGAAAAGCACCGACAUGAGUUCAAGUGCCUUCGAAGGAAACCAAGAGAAGCUGAUGGCUCUGUGUUUGUGGUUGGCUUCAUUCCACCCUGGAUGAUUAUCGGUAUCACGUUUUUACAAUCUUUCCGCCCCUCUGCCCUUGAAUACCUUCGUCGCUGAUCCAGAUGCGAUCUGGGGAUUUCACGACUUCCCCCGCAUCUGGCAGCGGCAACCAGAGGAUGGAGGGAGAAACGACGAUAUAUCGAUCCCACGAUCUAAAAUCGUUGGCAUGCGAAAGGACUUGUCGGAGUACCGGCAAUCGAGCCAGACCAUUUCUAUGGUGAUCGCCGAACUCCGCAAGAACAAGAACCUGAAUAAGGCCUUGACUCAGCGAGUGC